UUGUUAUUGAUUCGCGUAAGCCUGAGUUCUCCCAACUCCCAGUAGGACAAUAGAGAACGCGUAGAGUACGUCACCCGUUGUAGUUGACUGUUUCUUGUACCCGAGUUCAGUCCACAAAUACUACACAUAUCUUAAGUUUGUAAUCAGCUAAUAAUAAUCUGUCACAAAAUGCCGGCCCGUUUUCAGAGCGGAUGGACUCUUGCUUUUAUGAAAAUUCUUCUUGUUGUCUUUGACUUUGCACUUUGGGUAUUUGGGUGUGCGGUUCUAGCUGCUGGGAUUUGGAUGAAAUUUGAAGUACACAAGUUCAUUGAUGUAAACCCAUCAAAUCCUGUUGCUUCACAUAUUGCCAUUUUCUUCAUGUCUGUUGGAAUUGCCAUAGCGUUGGUGGGAUUGAUGUCAUGCUACUGCACACUCUCUGGGAAUCCCAUCCUUCUUUAUUUGUAUUCAGCUUUCUUGGGAGUAGUACUUGUGGUACAGAUUAGCAUUGGAAUUGCUGCAUUUGCAUACCAGGAUGCAAUCAAAGUUAGCUUCAAGAAUGGCUUAAAGAACAGUAUGAAAAACUAUAGGAAUGUUGAAGCCAACCAAGAUGCAGUUGAUACCAUGCAAGCUACAUUGAAAUGUUGUGGUGUUGAAAGCUAUGAAGAUUGGAAGGAUUAUGGACUACCAGUUCCAAAUUCAUGCUGUAAAGUUCAGAACUGCAAUCCUAAGAAUCCUACAAUGAUAAACGAAGUUGGCUGUUAUACGACCGUGGUUACGUUCAUAAGUUCAUCCGGCAAGUUGAUUGGAAUAAUCUGUCUAGCAGUGGCAGGUUUUCACAUCUUAGGGUUGAUACUGACUUGCAUGUUGGCCAGCUGCAUCAACAAGUGGAAAUACGAAACAAUCCUCUAACUUUGAACACCUACUUAGACCAUUACAUCGACCGGCGUUUAUGCAUACGGAACUCACAUAACUUUCGGUGUUCUUACGUGUUUCCUUUCAAAAAUAUGCACUGGUAUGCAUGUUUUUGUUUUAGUCGUCAUUUAUGCCAAAUUUAUUACUAAUCCUGCAACAUCACCAUCGCCCGAAGUGCAAAAUAUGCUACCUUCCUAAUCAAGAAAUCUCAUCACAUUUGAUGUGAACUAGUCCUGCAUGCAAAUGGCUUGCAUAAGUUUACCAAUUUUGAUCCAAAAAUUUCAAUCAACUAUUUUUCCAGUAGACUGUAUUCAUUUCAAAAUAUUUGUGGUACGUCAAAUUGCUUAUCUUGCAUACCCUACCUUCAAUCAAAUUCUACGCAUGAUCUUUUUUCGUCUUAUGCUGGACAUUUAUUAAUACAUACAUAUUGCAAGACAA